CCUGAGGUCAAAAUCAAGAGAGAAAAGCCACUGCUCUGCUGGAAAUGGUGGCACAUGCCUGUAAUCCCAGCUAGUAGGGGGGCUGAGGCAGGAGGCUUGCCAGUUCAAGGUCAGCCUGAGCAACAUUAGCAAAACCAUGUUUCAAAUAAAAUAAAAAGGGCUGGAGGUGUGGCUCAGUGGCGCUUGGCUAGCAUGAGUGAAGCCUGGGUUACAUCCCCAAUGGAAAAACAGUCAUGCGUGGUGCACACCUGUAAUGUCCCAGCACUCUGAGAAGCUGAAGCAGGAGGAUCACAAGUUCUAGCUCAGCCUGGAUAACAGGGACCUAAUCUCAAAAAAUAGAAAAAGGGCUGGAGAUGUAGCUCAGUGUGAAGGCUCUGGGUUCAAGCCCCAGUACUGGGGAAAAAAGUCAUUACUCUGCCAAUAAACUACACUGUAACUAAUAGUGUGGCACGAUUAUUACACACCUACUGUGUGCCAUGCUGACUGCUAACCUCCACUACCACAGGCUGGAUCUCGGCCCAUAUUCCAGAUGGGGAAACUGAGGCUGCAAAGGGUGAAGGUCCUGGCCCAAGGUAACACCUGGGUACAGCCAAGCUAGGGACCAAGCCCUGGCCGGUCAGACCACAGAACCCAUGAGGGUUUCUGCUGGCUGCCUUGGGCUCAUCUUAGGGGAAAGUGAGGCUAAGAGACAGCCAUGGUGUUGGGAGAAGUGCUCACCAUUUCCUGGGCUGUGAUUUUAGGAUCCUUUUUCCUUUCUUCAGUGCUGGGGAUUGAACCCAGCGUCUUCCACAUCCCAGGCAAAUGCACAGACCGAGUUGGUCUGUGACUGUGACACUGUUGAAGUGAUGGGGGACCGGCUCCCCGCUCCUUGCUCCCUGCCAAUACCAACUGGUACCUGUGUGGGGCCAGGAACACUCAUCUCCCAGGGAGACAGUGCAUCCUCCAACGUCCCACAGCCAGAGAGGGGCAGAGUCCUCAGGUCAGGAAGCCAGGGACCGACUAUUGGGUACCUCACCCUCCAGUGGCUGCUGGACCCCAGGCCUCCAGGACCGUCACUCCGUGGGCAGAUGGGUAAACUGAGUGCUGCAGGCCAAUCCCCUUAUCCAAGUCACCAAGCGUUCCUCGCCCAGACAGGAUAUGCAAGAUGGAAGACUCCAUACACCUCGAGCCGCCUAUUCCAUUUUAUUUAUUUUAUUUUAUUUUUUUUUUGGUACCAGGGAUCGAACUCGGGUCCUUGCAUUUGCGCAGCAGGUGGCGAAACCACUGAGCUAAAUCCCCGGGCUAUUCCAUUUUAAAGAUGGUCAGACUGAGGCCGAGUUUCCUCCAGCGGCCCAAGGCAGACGCCGGGAUUGCACAGCCCGCCCGCGGGGAGCUGCCCAGUCCUCCGGGCGCGGCGGGGAGCGCGGUCGGACGCGGGCCGCUGCGGGCGCGGGCAGGAUGGUGCGCGCUGGGGCUGCCCUCGGAGCCGGCGCACUCUGGGCCGCGACCUGGGGCCUCCUGCUGCUCUCGGUGCCCGUGGCGGGGCAGCGCAGCAGCAAGAAGGUGGUGCAUGUGCUCGGACUACGGGCGCUACGAGUGCGAGGUCACCAAUGAGCUGGAAGAUGACGCCGGCAUGGUCAAAUUGGACCUGGAAGGCGUGGUCUUCCCCUACCACCCCCGUGGAGGCCGCUACAAGCUGACCUUCCCUGAGGCGCAGCGAGCGUGCGCUGAGCAGGAUGGCAUCCUGGCGUCGGCCGAGCAGCUGCACGCAGCCUGGCGCGGAGGCCUGGACUGGUGCAACGCGGGCUGGCUGCGCGACGGCUCGGUGCAGUACCCAGUGAGCAGGCCGCGGGAGCCCUGCGGCGGCCUGGGCGGGACCGGGAGCGCGGGGCCCGACGGCGGUGGCGUGCACGGGGGAGUGCGCAACUACGGCUAUCGCCACAACGCCGGGGAGCGCUACGACGCCUUCUGCUUCACCUCCAACCUCCCGGGGCACGUGUUCUUCCUGAAGCCGCUGCGGCCCGUGCCCUUCGCGGGAGCGGCGCGCGCGUGCGCGGCGCGGGGCGCGGCCGUGGCCAAGGUGGGGCAGCUGUUCGCCGCCUGGAAGCUGCAGCUACUGGACCGCUGCACCGCCGGCUGGCUGGCAGACGGCAGCGCGCGCUACCCCAUCGUGAACCCGCGCGCACGCUGCGGGGGCCUCCGGCCCGGUGUGCGCAGCCUCGGCUUCCCGGACUCGUCCCGGCGCCUCUUCGGCGUGUACUGCUACCGCGCCCCCGGAGCGCCGGACCCCGCGCCUGGCGGCUGGGGCUGGGGCUGGGCCGGCGGCGGCGGCUGGGCCGGGGGCGCGCGAGACCCCGCUGCCUGGACCCCACUGCGCGUCUAGGAGCCUCGAGGAGGGGCGGCCCUGGACGCUGGAGUCGCCCUGGCGGUGCCCCGCAGGCUGGCCAGGCCUCUGGCGCUCUUGGACGCUGACUAUGCCCCAGGGGCUGUUAGAAAGUAAUCGCGCCCAUGGGGUCCCAUGGGGCCCCCUCGAUACUGGCCCAGCCCAUCUCUCUGGACAGUGCAUUUCCCCUCUCCUCAAUUUCUCCAGAAGGGCCACCUCCCUGAGGGUACCAGGAGGCCGACGGCGCCCCCAGCUUCCUGAAGGCUGGCCAGCCCUCUGCGGCCUACUGGAAACAGACAGAGCGCUCCCUCGGUAGAGGCUGGACCCCCGGGAGUAUCUGGCCCCUGGCCACACACCCGCUGCAUUUACCCGGAGACUGGAAACGGGUCUCUUUGAUCAGCUGCACACUGAAUCCCCUAUUACCUGGAGAGAAGAUGGAAACCUCAGGGUUCCCAGGUGAACAGGGCCCCCCGCCGGCCUGCAGACCAGUUUCUUCACGGCGCCUGAGAGGCCCCGAAGUUUCCAGGGUGACAGGCGCGUCCCUGGUCCCUGUGGAGGACAGUCCCACCUCUCAGGCUCAGGGAAGAAGACCCCUACUUGUCACCGCUAGGCCGCCCAACACGCCCCCAGGUGGCUGGCCAUGGGCCAUGGGUCGGCUGGGCCUCACUCACCCCUCAGGGAUUUCUCUGGAGGGGGAGCAGACCCGUCCCCACCACCCCAGGCCCCUUACAGGGCUGUCACCAGAGAGAUCACUCCCUUGGUCUCAGAGACCCGUAAGCCUCCUGUCAUGGAGACCAGCUGCCUAGCUUCUCACUGUAACCAAAGGAAGCUCUCACUUGACGCCUAAAGUGACACCCCUCCCCUGAUGAGUCACGCCCUGGGGCGGGCACCUUCCUCCUGCGGCUGUAACCAUGGAUACCACACAUUUCCCUUCUCACCAGCCUUCACCCCAGAGGC